AUCCUCACGGCAAAUUCCCCAUUUGGCCCCUUCAGGGAGGCUCAUUCAAUUGACCAAGCAUUUGUUUCUCCUGUACGACGCGUUACCCCUUCCCAAACUCAGACCCACGAGGCUGGCAGCAUGAAACGCGGCCCUCGCAGUGGCUCAGCCCUGGGGAUUAGAACAGACAUAGUUUCUUCAAUAAGUGGUGGACCUCCAAGUCCUACUUUAAGCGCUUCAACCCAAGUUUCUGGAAUGCCUGUCCCUGGGGGCCCCACAACGAUUAUCACUCGCGCUCACUUAAGAACGAGUGUCCAGGCUUAUGAAGAGACAAGCACGGAUUAUCGCAACGCGUUAUCCACUCUUGCUGAUGCUUCGGCACGCUUUGCUGCUGCGAUCGAGUCAUGUUCACGGUUGAGGGGUGUGAGCGACGAUGCCUCUGUCAGUUUCCAAGCUGCUGGCGGCCUGUAUCAUAUCAUUGGUAAUCACGAGCAAGUCCUGAGCGAUGCCAUUCGGAAGAAGUUCGAUAAGCCAUUACGACAGCACCUACAAGCCUAUCGCCAACAAAUUGCUGAACGGUCUGCAGCCUAUGAGCAAUCACUUAUCGAGAAGAAUAGGCUAAUACGGAAAGUUGAGGCAGAGAAUAUGAACAUUGGACGACGGAGACAACGUGAUCUCAAUUCUUUUCGGGCGGCGCUCAAUUUGUUACAACAGCAAGUAGCUGAGUUGGACCGACUUAAAGCGGACUACUACUCGGAGGUUCUGGGCCAUGAAGAGGAGAGCUGGGACUUCGUCUUGGGAAAAGUCUCACUCGUUGUCCGAUCUACGUUGGACGUGUAUGACCGCAUAUCAGCGAAAGCGUCGGACCCUGGUCUGGAAUCGAUGCUAUUGUCAAUUCCCGAUCCAUUCGAUACAUAUGGGCCACAAAAGAGUGAAGAUCAUAUAUACAGUAUUGUCCCUGUGGGUAUUCUCAACCCCAAUGAUCGAUCCUCUCCCAGUCCAGCACCAAGCCAUCACUCGGGGAUCAGCAAUGUAACCGGUGUACAAACAUGGAUGGAUCAAACGGCCACGGCAAGGGAAACAGCAUACCCAAGCCAACCUGUCAUACCAGACUGGACAAAUGUUGAUUGGACAGAUGCAGAAUCGAGAGUCAGACGACACUCGCUACCGGGCCCUUAUCCUACCGCUUCCAAUCAUGUCCCGGCUUCCCUAAUUGGUACUACCUCCUUAUCGACAUCGCCGCCCUCCGCAAGUAUUCCUUUCCCCAAAAAUCAUCACCUGAAAGGGACACUCGAACUAUGUCUGGUUCCAAUCUGCGGCACAUGCUAAGUGUCAUAGGCGAGGGGAGUCCAUUAAGCCGACAGCCC